AUGCAGGAUGAAGACGGAUACAUCACUUUGAACAUUAAACCCCGAAAACCAACUCUCAGCUCAGCUGACUCUGCUUCCUCGUGGUGGCGAGUGAUGGCUCUAAUUCUGCUGAUCUCAUCCAUGGGGCUGGUUGUUGGGCUCGUGGCUCUCGGCAUCAUGUCAGUUACACAGCAAAGGUACCCACUAGCUGAGAAGGAAAGUCUCUCAGCCACUUUGCAACAACUGGCCAAGAAAUUCUGCCAAGAGUUGAUUAAGCAAUCAGAGCUCAAGACAAAGAACACGGCUGAGCACAAGUGCAGCCCCUGUGCCUCAAGGUGGAGAUACCAUGGAGACAGUUGCUAUGGGUUCUUCAGACAUAACCGAACGUGGGAAGAGAGCAAGCAGUAUUGUGCUGAGCAGAAUGCAACGCUUGUGAAGGCUGCCAGCCAGGGGACUGUGGAAUACCUCACAAGCAGGAUUACUUCUGUCCGUUGGAUUGGAUUAUCACGUCAGAACUCUAAUAAGGACUGGAUGUGGGAAGAUAGCUCAGUUCUUCCCAAGAAUAUGAUUGAUCUUUCUGGGAAUCCAAGAGAAAACAUGAAUUGUGCUUAUCUUUAUAACGGGAAAAUCCAUCCAGCUUCCUGUGAGGACAGGCAUUAUUUAAUGUGUGAGAGGAAGGCUGGCCUGCCAAGAGUGGACCAACUACUUUAA